GAGAAAACAGGCGUUAACAGGAACCACGACUUCACUGCGUCAGUAACGGUUUCCUCCUUCAUUUGUGCGCGCGGGGGUUUCAGUCAACCGCACGAGCUCAACAGAACCCGCACGCUCGCGAGAGCCGAAGCAGGAAAGAUGAAGAUAUUCACUGUUAUCGUAGCAGGUCUGAUGCUAAGUGUGGGAUGUGCUGAAAACCAGUCAAAGGGCAUGGAAAGACAUUCAACUAGCAUCUCAAAUCAAAAAACUUCCACCUCCUAUCAAACUACAAACGGCACAGCACAGGCUACAAACACGUCGAAAGAAAUGUCCAUCAUCACAACUACCAACACCACCAGAACUGCCACCAACACCAGCACCACCACCACCACAGCUGCCACCAACAUCACCAUCAACACCACCACAGCUGCCACCACCACCAACACCACUGCAACCACAGCUGUCACCGUCACCACCACAGCUGCCACCAACACCAACACCACUGCAACCACAGCUGUCACCGUCACCACCACAGCUGCCACCAACACCACCACUGCCACAGCUGUCACCGUCACCACCACUGCCACAGCUGCCACCAACACCACCACAACUGCUGCCACUACCACCACCACAACAGCUGCCACCACCACUGCUACAGCUGCCACCAACAGCACCACAACAGCUGCCAACAACACCACUAACGCCACCACCAUCAUGCCAACAACAUCAACAACAACAACCCUUACUUCUCCCUCGACAUCAUCUAUUCAUUCAACUACAUCAAAAGUGAAUUCUAGUUCAACAUCCAUCACUUCUUCAGUGCAGCCCCAGUCCUCAACUUCACCACAAUCACAUUCAACAGGAAAACCGGUAUUAUCCACAAUGCAGUCCAGUACAACCAAAGUCUCAAACAAUGCCAGUCCGGUCAAGGCAUUGAGUUCAGUGAGUGUCGCUGCCAUCAUCAUUGGGUUCAUUGUCCUUGUGAUAUUUCUACUGGGCGGAGUGUAUUAUUUCAAAAUAAAACGCCCUUCCUAUGGCCGUCUCCUGGAUGACACAGAACACGGCAAUUUCUUCAACCCCAUGUUUGAUGGUUAAGUGCCACUCAAGACAAAGUUCUAGUAUCGAUGCUUUUUCAGAAGGAAAGGAUUUGGACGAUCGGAGGCCUGCUGUGGCUUUGAACAUGUCGACAGCGACUAAUCUGAUGAUCUGCUCUUUCAGUGAACUCUUGAUGUGAAAACCUGAACCAGUUACAAAAGGACAGCGACUCCGGUAAUGUGAUGUUCAUAUAAAUGAGACAUUUGAUGAUAAACGAUGCACUUGAAGUGUUAAAUAUUAAGUGAUAGAUAGAUAUAGGUAUUUGCCAGUUCUGUGAAAUGAGGUAUGGUGUUUUAUGUUAGAACUUCAAUAUUAAUUUAUAGAUCAUUUUGGACAUGAUUUAAUUCUUUGGUUUUGGUUUCUAGUAGUGCAACUGAAAGGUCACAAUGACUUAAGAGACUUUCAGUGGAUUAUUGAUAUCAUAAAUUGUUAUGAUACUGUGUAACCCUCCCAGAUAUAAAUACUUCAACAACAUUGGCCAAAGUCCCGAGACAAAGUCCCUUUUCACCAGUUGGAUUAUAGUUUGUUUUGUCCAUCUGACCUGUUGUCAUUGAAUUUUAAUGUGAUCCCACUGUUCUGUUCAUACAUAUAUGCUUAAAAGUGGCCAUCUCCAAUCAUUUAUCUGUGCUUUCAUAUUCGCUUUGAAUAAAUUGUCGGCACCUUACUAAUUAAACCUCAUUUCCUGAACUUUUCAGCUCGCCGUCAUUGUUCUUCAUAAUGGACAUAAUCAUGGCUCUACCCUCAUAUUUUCCCUCCCAACAUUCGGCCUGUCUGUUGCUCAGCAUUCGGGAUUCCUUUAAAAUAACAAACGGAUCAGAGUUUUAUUCGCUUGUCAAUAUAAUAAUAGGUAUUAAAGCGGAGCAUGCAAUUACACAUGGAAAUGGUCAAGGCUGUAAUUAGAGCCCAAAAUAAAGCACUAAGCAUUGGAAGAGAUGGAAUCACAACAUCUGGCUGUUUGAUGGACGUGAUGUUUGGUCAUUAUAUCGCUGCGUUAGCUUAGUACUGUACACGAAGAAAUAUUUUCGUUGAGUUUUGUGAAUGUGUUAAAACUAGUGUUUCCUGUGUUUCCACGUUGCAAAAUUGACUUCCUGCUUGUGUUUGUGACCUCGUUUUUGGGCUACGUGUUAGACCACACUCAUUUGUCAACAUGACCUUGUGUCAGAAACUGUGGCAAUGUGUGUGUGUGUGUGAAGACCUAAGAAAGUUACCACAUGCUAACAUUUUGACGAUUGAAUUGAAAUGUGUUUGUAUGUAAUUGAAAUGUGUGUAUGUAUCCUUAGGUAAUUUUUAUUCUGGUCUGAUCAAUUGUUAAACAGCAGCUGGAACAUUAGACUAUAAAGCAAGGCUGUAAUUCAUUAAACAUGUAAAUCUGUUUGAUCUAAAUGAAUGUUGCUGUGACAUGCAUUUCCGGUAUGAAACACAGGAUGUGGCAUUGUGGAGGUGCAGCAGGCUACCUCUCAUUUCCAGUUUCUGUCUAAGUGAGUUUCUAUGUAGGUUGUUGAUGGUGGGUUUUCUCCCACUUUCUAAGUGUGUGUGUGUGUGUGUGUGUGUGUAUGGAGCCUUGGGAUGGACUGGCAUCGUAUUCAGGGUGUGUUUGUACCUCGCACAGUUCCAUGAUAAGCUCCAGAUGAUGGAGCUGUGACCCUAAUAGGGAUACUUACUAAAAACUAAUAAAUGAAUGAACACAGGAUGGUCAUAUUCAUUUCUUCACCUAUUUGGGUUGGAACAAAUUCAACAAGGCAUUCGGUUGUGUUUGAAAUUUCGUUUUUUUCUCCAUAAUAGGUUUGUUUUCAAUAAUCAGAGAAUGUCGCCCACUGAAAGGUGCAUGACGUGGUUAAAGGGCUCUUGUUUGAUUUCGCUGCUCACACAAAGAGCUAAUGAAAGGAUGCUGAAGUGGGUAAGAGCUAAUGAGUGGGUGCUGGAGAGAGAGGGUCUGAUAACCAUAAUGAUGACACACUCGAAUUGUUCUUCCUAUACCAUUGCUGCUCAUCCAGCUACUCCUUUAGCAGUGAGUGUGGCAAAGAUGACCAGGAUGGCACUGAUUCAUUUUUGUAAAAAGUGAAGAAAUGUGGAGCAUCACUGAAAAUCGGUUCCACUUCCUGUAAAGUCAGUAACCAUGUUUAACCAAGAGAUGUCACUAGUUCCUUUUUAAGUGGGUUAUAUGUUCCUCUUCUUCUCAAGGACAUAUCCUAUGUCAAAAUGCCAAUCUAAAGGCUACUCAUUAAAGGUUGUGGGUGAGUAGGAAGUAAUGCAGUUUCACAGAGGAUCUGGAAAAGAGAUCCAACUGCAUACGAAAUAAGAUUAUUAUCAGUCAUAAUAAUUUCAAAACAUAGGUUAAAUAUAGUAUAGGACUAGGAUCCUAGGAGACUAGGGUUCAAGCCAAGCUGCCACUGUUGGGCAAUUGAGCAAGGCCCUUAACCCUUUCUUCUCCAGAGUGUUGUAUCAUAGCUGCCCUUGCGAUCUACCCCAACCUCCUCACCUGGGAUAUGCAAAGAAAAGAAUUCCACUAUGCUGUAACGUAUAUGUGACGAUAAUAAAGGCUUCAUCUUCUUCUUCUUCCUCUUCUUCUUCUUCUUCUAAAUGCAUUGAUGUAUGUGAAUAAUCUUAAAGUAAGUUAAAUAUAGUUUAGGACUAAAUUGUUUGGUAAAAUGAUCAAAUAUCUGUGCUUUCAGAAACAUUUUACACUCUGCUGUAAAACCCCUAGUUUAGUGCUGGUGCAAAAUAAAGCCAAGUUAAAUCUUUGUUGUCAUUCCUCUGUAUAGUUUGCAUACGCCGGAAUAAAAUGUCCUUGCUCCACCACCAUGGUACGACACAAAACAGCAUAUGAGACUACAUGAAGUGCAAAUACACAACAGUGUGAGGUGAAGACAAUAAAUACCCAGAACAUGGUCUUAAACUGUAAAAUAUUGAGUAGUGUUGCAAAAAUAAAAAUAGCAGCAAAUAAGUAUAGCUGCACUAUCUGGACCCGAAGUGACCGUUGCGUGUGACUACGCCGUCAUUUUGGAUAACAUUUGUGUAGUGCUCAUAUAAUUAGUGCCAUCAGUAGUCAUAUAAUUAGUUAAACGGAGUUCACUGGUGUACAAUUAAACCGUCACAUGUUCCCGGUAUAAAUACACCUGUUCCCGGCUUUAGAAAAUACCUAAGCAAACAGAAUUAUGGUCAACAAGAAGCUAUUAAAAAAUAUCAACAUCCUUAGUAAAUUGGAAUAUUAAUUAAUGUGGCAAUGAGCAGUUUUGUUUUGCUAAGUGCAUCAUUGUUUUACUAGUAAUUUAAAAAUGCAUUCGUUUUUAUUGCUAUUGUUGGCAGUGGUAACUCAAGUGGUUAAGGCUCUGGGUUGUUGAUCGGAAGGUUGGGGUUCAAGCCCCAGCACUGCCAAGCUGCCACUGUUGGGGCCCCUCUGCUCCAGGGGCACUUCAUCAUAGCUGCCCCAGCGCUCUACCCCUGGGAUACACAAAGAAAAGGAUUUCACUGUGCUGUACAGUAUAUGUGUAUCUACGAUAAUAAAGGCUUCUUCUGAAUGCAUUAUGUAUUAAAUGGACUUAUGUAAAUGAUUUUAAAACAAUGGUCAUUUCUAGUCAUUAUUAUGGUAAAAAGUCACUAAAGCACCAGAAAUCAUAAACAUAAUCUUUAAUAUAGAAACAUAAUCUUUAAUAUAAACAGGCCUUGAUAGCCAUUGUAGCUGCUCUGAGUCACUACAGGGUUUGUGUUUUUUUUUUUCCCUAGCAGGCUGUUUACAAUAGGUGGCAGUGUAAAACUAAGAGAAAUCCUGUGUGGUAGAACAUCCAAAACUCUGAACAAACAGUAUCGCAAGCUCAGGAACAAAUCUGAGAGCCGGAAAUGAUGGUGUAAUAUACAGCAGUAAUCUGGCUUUAACACCACUUCUAAAAGCAGAAUCAAUCUCAUGUGUGAGCAACUGAACCGCUAAUAGCAUCUGAAUGUUUUACUUGCUGAAACCACAGUAAUGGUGUAUAUAAUCCAGUCUAAACCGUAACACAAACCUUCUUAAGCGUGGUGAUUUUCAUUGACAGUGGCCAUUAAUUUGGGAAGCACCUUGUGAAAUCACGUUUAAUUAAUGAACACUGAUGCUUUUGAUUUUAUUCCAGGACAGUUUUGCAACAUUAGCUUCUUUUGCAUUUCACAACAACUUCUCUCUCUCUUUGAAUGGUUGUGCAGCAAAAACGAUGCACAAUAAACAAUAACGACACUCAUUUAGACAUUAGUCUGUAUUAGUAUAUUGUUUUGUUCUUGUUUUUGUUCUGCUCAACCUCCAUCUUCAUCCAGGAGAAGAUUCACACCAGACAGAACCAUGAGAACCAGGUUCAGGGCCAUUUUUUCCUUACAACCUUCACACUGUACACUACACCAUUAGGACACUGAUGUCUCACUGAUGCUUUACUGCUUUCACUGCAUGUAAUCAUGCAGUUCUGCUCCACCCUGUACACUCAGUAUUAUCUCUAUUAAGGCUAUGAUCCCAUAUGCAAUAUCCUUUGGUCUCAUGUGCACAAACCCGAGGCUCUGUUAUGUUUGGUUUGCUGCCAUGCUUUGGGUUCAUUUGCCUCCUUACUGGAAAGUGUCAAUUAAUACAAAGAUCACUUUUAUCCUCUGAUGAAAUAUUUCUAAUCCGAAGGGUGUGAUCUUUUCCUGGAUGACCCGCCCCCUAUAUCCACGGGGUUCCAUUUUCAUCCUUCUACUAUAGUGUUUAUUCUUUCAUCCUCCACACUUUCAUACUUGUAGAGUGUGUGCCUGCUGCUGUACAUUCUCAAGUGUUGUUAUCUGAUACCAUGGUAUUUGUUCUUCAUAUCUUGACGUAUAAUAGCAUUGUUUGAAUUCCUGCUCAGGCUUUUAAGAAAUGACCACCAUUCAUACGCAUUACCUUGAUACUUAAUGCAUCACACACUAGUGAUUUUGGUUCAUCAGAGUCUACAGUUUGGUAACUUAAUGACAGACCUGCUGUCAUUUGAUGUCACAGACAUUAAACAUUAUCCAAACAUAUGAGCAAUGGUGGAUGACAACUACAGACUGGAAGACAGAGAAGCUUGUGGUGAGCUCUGACGACAGUGGAUGAUUUGGAGACUGGCUUUCGGGGCAGGGCUAUAGACAAGUCUGCUCUGGCACUGCUGUAAGAGUGGAAACAUCAGAGCUAUGGGGAAAUUUAUGUUUACAUUUCCUGUAUUUGGAAAUGUAACACCUUAAAGACACCUUUAUCCAGAGUCACUUAUACAUAUCUAAUUUUAUUUUAGAUAAACUGAACAAUUGAGGGUUAAGGGCCUUGCUCAAGGGCCCAGCAGUGGCAGCUUGGUGUUCCUGGGAUUUGAACUCACAACUUUCCAUUCAAUACUCCAAGCACUGAGUUAUCCCCUUCCCAUUACACAAUAAUGGAAUGGGAAUGGACUUUCUCCACUCAACAAAUGUGACACCAUUUCCAAUGCAAUACACAUCACAAAGUACCCCUUUCCAACACAUCAAUGUUUUCCCUACUCUACACACUCAUUUUAUCAAAGUUCAGUCUUAUUAGUUGAAUUCAACAAGCUGGAAGCAGGUCACCCAGAUAAGGAUGGGUUUACAUUUAAGUCUGGUUCGACUCAAGGUCAUCUCACAGACGUUUUCCUUGCCACCAUCUCCACUGGCUUGCUCAUUAGAGACAAAUUAAGAUGUAUCGUUUAUAUCCUGAAUUUAUCUAUUUCUGUAAAGCUGCACUGUGACAAUGUGCCUUGUUAAAAACGUUAUACAAAUAAAGUGGAAUAGAAUAGAAUUGAAAACAUGCUGUGAUGCAGUUUCAUUGAUAUGGUGAAAAUAGUAUGAUGAUUGUUGAAUACAUAUUUGUUGUUGCCAAGAAUAUGAUCUUCUCAAACUGUUUUCCAUUAAAGCUCUUUAGGAAGCAGGAACAGGUCCGCGGUGUUUUCUUUCUGUUGGUUUAAAUGGUGUUUGUCUUGUUCCAAACCAAGCUAAAACACAAUGAGUGAUUCAAACUAAUGUUUGGAUUUCCACACUGUAAUUAGACAGAUUAAGUAAGGCCACUGACGAGAGCCAGAUGUCAGCGGAUAUUGCUCAAAGCUUACAGAGCAUCACUCAUUCAUCAGACUGGAGAAAUUCCUGAAUUGAACCCACCCUGAUCUUACAGCUGAUCAGUAUAUAAACCCGUGCAACCCAAAAGCGGAGAUACAGGAAUACGUGGACUGAGCACUGCAGCAAGCGGAAGGAUGUGGACGCUCAGGACAGCACUGCUGGUGUCUCUCUUAGCGUUUGUUUUUGCCAAACCCUUAUAUCCAUGGAAUGAAAAUAGACGUCCUCCACUACCCAGGGUAUUUCAAGAGUCUGACUCCAUGGAAUCAAAUGAAUCAAGCAACAGUUCAGGCACGAAUGAUUCGGAUUCAUCUUCUGAAUCCAGUGAAUCUAGUGGUUCUACAACUACCGACUCUUUAUCCAGUCAGUCUGCAUCAUCUGAGGAGGAUUUUCUCACCACUGUUGAACCAGAGACCAUGAGCAGUGCAACUGAAUUACCACCGUUGAUCACUGAGGGACACGUCACAUGUUUUACCGUGCAUCCACAAACCGAGCCUAGAGGAGACAACUUUCUGUACCUUAAAUCUUAAGAAAGUCUCCAUCCAUGAAUGUAUGGAUCGUUUAGUAAUUUGCUUGUCUGAUCAGGCAGGUUAAAGGUUUAAAAGAAUCAUGAAUGUUCUAUAAAUGCAUUGUCUGUUUUAUUGCACCUUAUCGACUUCUAUAUACUGAUUAUUUUUUACAAUAUCAUUAUUAUACCAAAGGUAAUUCACAAACAGUGAACUCAAAUAUUUUCAAUGCUCUCAUGAUCUUUUAGGUUGCUGGAAAUAAAAUUAUGAAACAAUUUACAGGCAGUGGCAAGAGUCUAGCAAAUUAACAUAGAGAUGUAUCGUGCAUUUGGUUCUAGACCAAAAUUGAGGUUGAUGACUCACGACGGAAGAAAAACCAGCAAGUUUCAUGAGUAAUAAAACCAGCUUCUGGUUUUGUAGAGACAAAAACCUAAACACAAGUAAACAUUGGUUUUUCAUUAUUUCAAAUGGUAAGUAGAAGACUCGAUGCAGGUAUACUGUACUAUACGGAAUUAAUGUAAGAUUUGAUUGCCAAUUUAGUCUAAAGAAUAUAAAUCAAUUCCUCCCUGGAUUAGUUCUUUACUGGGAGUGUCAACAUUAAUAAUAUUAUUGAACUUGUAACAUUUUAAAAGGCCAUUUCUUCCCCUUGUACUCUACCUGUCUUGAAUUUUCUGCUUUUGUUAUAUGUGUGACUCCAUUUCAUGAAUAAACUAUCAUUUUUAAAAAACCAGGAUGAAUUACAAGCAGAAACCACCACAUUAUUAUGACUUUAGAUUCUUAACAGCAUAUGUGCAGGUAUAGUUUUUGUGCCUUUUGUAGUCUUACACCAGUUUUAUAUCAAAUAGACAAUUAACAUUGCACUUAGCAAAGCACAAGUACACUGUUAUUAUGCUUAAGUGAGGUUUCUGAGUAUCUAUAUUUGAACUUUUCUUUCACUUAAUACUUUCGAUAUUUACUGACUACUCACUCCUCACUUAAAAGUCACUACAUUUCUCAGAAAUCUUGUAUCUUUAUGUAAAGUCAUAACAUAACUUCUUAUCAAUUGAAGUAUCAAACAGCUUCAAGGUACGGUGUUUAAUCUACUAACAAAUCUCAACUUUAAUAAGAACGAGGCCCAAUUCCCAUUACUGUAACCAAACUAGUUUAUA